AUGGCGUCGUCGUUGCAGCUGGAUCUCAGCAGCGAGGAGGUUUUGGCGCUCGUCGAGGCGGGCGUCAUUUCAGGCCAAACAAUCCACGACGCCUAUCGUGCAGCAGCAGCAUCGGCCGGAUGGCCUCGCAGCGACUUGCCUGAGAUUGACGUCUUGGAGUCUUUGGUGGCGAAGGGCGUCCUGACGAACGAGGGCGUCCUUGACUGGAUGCAGUCGGGCGUGGUGAUGGCGCAGACAGGACCCGUUGGCGGGCGUUCGUCGAAGCCUCGCCGCCGCCCGACUGAUCCGAAGGACAAGGCGCCUUGGUACACGCGCGGCUUGAAUGCCCCCAUCUUCGUGAAGACAGACCUCCAGCCGGAGCUGGCGUUGCUUUCGCGCCAGGGCAACUGCGUCGCGCACGGCAUCGGCCACGUGAUCGGCAAGGCGCUGGAUGCCGUAGCAUAUGCGAAGAUCUUCCCUGCCGCCGCUUCGCGUGGCCGCAAAUACGUGGACGUCGCCGCUGCGCUGGGCGUUGGUUUGCAGGAGGCGCCUGGGCGGGCUUGCGUCGUCGGCGCGUCGGAGAGCGGGCAGGACACGAUGGCGGCCGAGAUAUCUGAGGGAGCUCCUCGAGACGCCGCCAUGGUCGCGGCCUUGGCGAAGCGGAUGCGCAUCGCGGGGGCCGCCACUUCCCGGGAGACGUUCAAGUCGAUGUGGUCCGACGUGACGGAGAAGUCCUCGAAGCUCGCGAACUCGUCGGCCGCCGACCCGCCUCAGUUUCACGGAGUGGUGGCUGCUACGGAGAGGCUUGCCGAUAUCGUUAACAAAAACCACGAGGAGUGGAACGACGAUGUCAAAAGGCUUGGGAUGGCAGCUCUAAUGCUGUAUCGGAGUCGUGCUUAUUUUUACGAUCAUUCCCUUGGACAUUUCGAGGGCUUCGACGGUCUCAUGCCGCCGACCGUGCUAGCUGCCGCUGGCAAUGCCAUGCUGACCUUGGAAGGGUUGUUCAGGUCCUUCAAGGCGCCUGUCGCGCGCAAGGACGCGGACGUACUGAAUGCGAUCGAUUCGUCCAUCAAGGAGGCCUUGGCGCAGAACAACAACGACUUGCCGAGUGCAAUGUUGACUUUCCAUGACAACUGCAUGUUCAACAAAGGCAAUAACUUGUUGAAAGCAGGGAGCGCCGCGCCUGGCAGGCAGAGCGAACCGGGCGGCGACGGCGAGGAUGCAGAGGGCGCCCUUGCAGCCCCUGCACCGGACACGAGCAAUUCGGCUGACAGCUGGUUCGUGCUAACGGCUCAGACCAUAUCCAAAGUGUCAACUAAGCUUCAGUAUGAGUUGUUUGGAAACAAGUUGGUUCCUUAUUUCAUUGAGUGGUGUUCAACUGACAUGCAGCGGGUUCCAGGAUGCGCGUGCGCUGACUGCUGCGUGUUGUACGAUCGCAGCGCUUUCGAGAACGUUUGCUUGUUGUCGUCUCGUUCACCAGAGAACAACAUAUAUCUCGGCAUCCCGACACCUCUGCUGGACCCGGUGCUUGACGCCGCCAUGGAGCGCGUUCAGCGCGUGUAUGAGCAAACUUUUUGGUCUAUACCCGAAUCGUUCGUCUUCGGCCAGGCAGCGCAGGCAUUGGCCAAGCGCGGUCAAAACAUCGAUCAAAUAACUGUGUAUUGGGGGCCGGGCGGCGUCGGCCUAUCCCUCUACACGUCGCACUUGCACGCGAUGUACGGCGAUAAGAACCACAAGAGUAGCAUGCGCCAGGACUUGCUCAAGAAGUUCGCCACGGCCGACACCAUCGCGGGGAGACUGCCGUACUCCAUCUUGACGAAGAUGUACAGGAUCAUCGGGUGGAAGCGCAUGGAGGUAAACCAGUUCUUCACUUUCGACAACGUCAACGAGCACAACCUGGAGUCUAUUGUGCGCCGCAUCGCCAUCAUCAAGAUACAGUCGCGGUUCUUUGACAAGCUCUACGUUGAUAAGAUUAUUCUCACCGACCCGAGCAGAUACGGCAUCUUCGCGCGCGAUCCCGACGCCAAGGACUUCAUGAUUAGCGGGGCCGCAGUUGCGGCAGGCCAUAAGAUUCAGUACGCGUUCGAGGUGGAGAACGGGCCCGAGGCGUGCAGAGACAUUUUGGUGAACUACACGAAGUGCGGCGGUGACCAUGGAGUAACCGAGAAAUACGUCAGGAUCGCUUGUCAUAUCAAGGCGGCCAACGCUGCGGAAUCAGCGGCGAGCGCUGUCGCCGAGGGCUUGGUUGACCCGCCGUCCCAGGACGGCCAUUUGCCGAGUUCGCCGAUAGUCCUUCUCAGCAACCAUUUGGUGAAGGAGCUGCAGCGGAAAGGAUUGAACUACUUGACUUACAGCGUGUUCCGAGCGUCUGCAACACCUCCCGGCGCUAGGCUGAAGGGUAACAAAGAAGAACAAUGGGAGUCGUUGAAAGGCAGCGACUUGUGGAUCGACGUCGGUUCCAAGGGCAAGGCGGAAGAUCGUCUGAUUCCGCGCGUCAAGACUCAGAGAGACGCUUCGAUUCUUUGUUCACGGCGGCCGCCAUGCUGCGAUGCGAUAUACCCGGAGCAUUGCGACGCAUCGGCGCUGGAGGCGGCGCGGUGUACAUCCAGAUUGGCCAACGAGAAGACUUUGGCAGGCGCGUUUAACGCGCUCGCAUCGGCGACUGCUCCUGCGCGGGGGCGGCCAGCGAAGGGCGUCCUCGAGAGGAUCGAGAGUUUGGAUGAGAGGGCACAGAAGAUUUUGUCAAUGACAGAGACGUCGCAGCGGCUGCUUGACCGGAGUAAGAGGUCGGCCGACCUCGAGGUUCAGAGAAGGAAGUUGGCCUCGAAGCAGCCGAGCGUUGAGAAGUCUCCAACCCGCCAUACUGGAAGGAAAGAAACAGUCCCGCUUGACAGCUUCAAGAGCUACAGGCGCGCAGUGGAGUGGCCGUCUCGGCAGUACGUCAACGAGGAGCUCUUGGCGCAGGCCAUGGACCAACGAUUACAGCACGUGUUUUUUUCGAGCACUUUCGAUUUGGAUUUCGUGAACUGCGUUUUUUGUUUAUUGGCGCAGAUCAUUGAAAAGUUGGGGAUCAUUGACGCUCAGCUGUUCGCGGACGAGAUUGCUGCGCUACAGCGCGUUCGCGCAGAUCGAGAGGGCGUCUGCAGGCGGAGGGAGAGGGUCCAUGGGGCAGGUGCUUUGGCGAGCGAAGAAGCAUGGGCGAGCUUUCCUCUGGCUCCUGAUAGGGACGUCUUCAAAAUGUUGCCGUUCAAGGGCAAGCAAGUCUUGAUCAAGCUGAUAUGCGGCGGCGCUUUGCCGAAGGAGUUGUCCGAGAACGAGUUCGCCAAGAUGCUGGUGAGAACAGCGCGUUUCCUGCGUUGGCUAGCCGUGGGGCUGUACCCGGAGCAGUUCAAGCUCCUAGAGUCCGCGCAGGACAAGUGGUCAGAGGCAUCGCUGGCCAGCUACAUGUGGCAAGGCGUUGAGGAUUAUUGUUUGGAGCAGUGGGUCGACUUUGUCAUGGAAGAGAAAGUCAGUCACGUAUCUUUGCAUUUCGACGGCCUGCGCGUCGACAAGGGGCGCGUCCUUUUGAGCCAGGCGGGCGGCGAUGCGCAGGCCACGGCAGUUUCGGACGCAGAGAAGGUCAAAUCCUUUUGCAAGAAAUCUGAGGAACGGAUUCUUGCCACUACGGGUUAUUCCGUAAGCAUCAGGAACAAGGAGAGAUAUUAUUUUAUUGAUCUUCUCCGUGCGAGCGCAUUUGACGUUGAGCCUGCAGAUGCGCCGAGCGACGUCGAGGCGCUGUUCUCUGCCGGCAAUGGCAUCUUCUGCGCAAUGGCUGCGCUCGCGGGCAACUGGUCGGAUAUGUCGACGAAGGCCGCUGCCGCCGCAACGCCUCCCAGCGCAGCGGCGGCCUCGGCGGCCUCGUCGCCGCUGUUCUGGGCGCCGCCUCGGCGCUCGUAUCGGACAUGUGCGAGAGCGGCCAAUGUGAAGCUGUUGCCCGUGGAAGUGCCACAGGAAAGUUGUCCUGGGCUAUUCUUAGUGCACUGCGAGCCAGACGUUGCGCCGCUUUGCGUCGGCAUCGACGUGAAACAGCGUGGGCCGCACAAGUGCUACGUCGGCAGGGAGCGCUGGAGUCUGCCGGCCGGGGCGCUGGACGAGGCGGUGUUGGCGGCUCUCGAUCGGUGUAUGGUAGUGGCAUUUCAGAUGAAGCCCGCCGAUCGAGAUGACGAAGAUCAUCGAGAUAGUUCGUUGGAUGGCGCAUUGGAUUUAUUUGCGGGCGCCGGCAUCGAGGACAAUGUCGCCGCCGUCUGCCGCGCGCGCAGACGCCGCUCGCUCGCGGCGCGCGUCGCCGCAGGUAGCCCGAGCUCAGACCGCUCUCUGUCGCCGCCCUCGCCGGCCAGCCCAGCUGCGCAGCGGGGGGCGGCAGCUCUUCGCGAGCUCGGUUGUUCAAUUCGCGGCAUCGUGCCUUUUGACCGGCGACGUCUGACGUGGCACGGCAACUGCAUCCCGUUCGGCAUUGCGGCGCUCACUGGCGAUUGGGAUGGCGUCGUCGCAGCGGCGACUGUGGAUUCGGACGAGAACGCAGCAGCUAUGGCGAGCGGCCUUCGUCGAUAUAGUGACUGCGCCAAUCUCUUUGGCGUUUCAUUGCGGCCAGUGCCGACGACGGCGGUGGAGACACUUGGCCGAUUUCUUGUUCACGGAAAAGUUGCAGGCAGAGAACAUUGCGCAGCUGUCGAAGUAUUCGAGCACGGCGGCAGCAUCUUACACUCAGAAGGGUUAUCUUGGGACGUACCUCGAGUUUGUCUCGACGCUUGCUUGCGGAUUAUCCUCGACUUCGGCGUCGAGCCGGCGUUCGCUCUCGGCGGCGGGCAUUCGUCGACCCUUGGCGAUGACGUCGCUGCACGCGACGCCAUGGACAUGGUGGCCGGAGCCGGCGUCGAGGAGGAGGGGGCCGUUGACGUCGCGAACGCCGACGACGAGCACGCCGAGGAAUUGGAUGACGAUUCAUGCGUGCGCGUGCAUGCGAAUCUCUUGCAGCUUCUACGCGACGAGGUUACUGACUUCGAGAUGAUCGUGAAGUCGCUCUCUCGCACAGGCACUAAGCAGUGGAAAGUCAUCCAGGCGUUGUUUGACGACGACAUGUUAUCAAAGCAUCAACCGAAGAACUUGCUGCAGCGCAGUGCCGAUCUCAUGCGGCGGUCGGUGAGCCCGCCGUUGCGGUGUCUUGGUGUUGACAAGCAGAUUCGGCUGCUCCUUGACCACGACGGGCCCCGGUUUGUCAACUUCGAGGUUCUCGCGAGAGAUGGCGCGCUCCAAGCCAGGCGCGUGGGAAACACGUACUACACGAAGGAGUUCGCCGAGCUCGUCUUCCGCGAAUCCAUCUUGCACGAAGGUCGAGUGCGCCCGAUGAGGGCGAGGAUUGUGACGCGCUUUAAGGAAGCCGGCAGUUGCGUCACGCACCUUCUACCAGGAAAGGUCGUUCAGUGGUUGUCGUUGAUGGAGGACGUAUUCUCGUCUCCGUUCGUAGAGGAAUUGCGAACCAAUCUCAUGGGCGAGUUGGUUGAUAAUACAGAGUUUGAGCACGUUUCGUUGGAUGCAACUCUGCGCACUGCCAUGCGCGUGAAAGGCCAGGCGAACUACAGGGAACCGGCAGAGAUUCGAGCGGCGGCGCCGUUUCCAGACGGCGUUGCCAAGAGGCGCAUUUUGACUGCCAAAGGUCGUACGUCAGCCGCCAUUGGCAUGUGGCCCGUGGCCAGCGAAGCGGCAUCCGUCGUGAAGGCGGCUCUUCGAAAUCACUUGCCCGAGCGAGCUCUCCAGCAGUGCGUCUCAGUGGCAUCAGAUGAUCCGUCGGCGACAUUGUUUGCAGAGCUCAAGCAAAUCAUGCCUCAGCUCAAGUUUUUGUGCCUAGAUCCUGUUCAUCUUGCAAUUGUGUAUAAUCAGGCGCACUGGCGGAAACAUUCUCCGGGCCAGGCAGUUUUGCGAAUCAUUUUGAAUAAAUUCAAUAAAGUGAGCUCAGAUUUAAAUGGCGCCGCGCGGGGCGCCCCUUACACGGGCCACCAGGCUAGCUCGCUGUCUGCCGCCGAGGGCCGCGCGCAGUCGUUGAUAGCCGGCGGCGGCAUGCAGAAGCGCCGAGCGCACAAGAUCAUUGCAGAUCUCGACGCCAAUGAGCCAUUCGUGAGAAAACUUGAGUUCAUCGAGGCAUUGGCGGCAUUGACGUCCGUCUACUGGGAAGAAGUGGACAGGCGCACCCCCGCCGCGCCAAGCAAGAAGCUGGCUGAUGUAAUAGCGAAUGCCGCGCAGCACAGUCGACGCGAGUAUCUUUUUAAUAAUUUGCGCAUGCGGCACUCGCUGCCGGCUCGCGCGCUGCCAUUGCUCGGUUCGGGCACGAGCCCAAACGAAGCGCUGCGUAGCGAGAUCAACAGGUGGUUUAAGAACCAGCCGGAGUUGUACGCGCAGACUUUAGAGCUCCAGCUCGGCGUCAACGUAAUCGGCAAGCAAAUGAUGCAUAAUUCAGCUAUGUACGCCCCCACUCUGCGCCAGCUGUCUUCGCAAACUGUCGCAGCUAGCGUGGUCUGCUCGUUUGCGAUAUCCGCCGCCGAGUGGGCAAAUCAUUGCGCUUCUCAGGCGCAGGAGCAGAGGGCGCCGCGGAAAGCGCAGCUUCCGCUGGCGCUGCAGCGCAAAGCCGCUGAGCCCCUGGCGAACAAGUGGAAGGUGGAUCACAAGCGCAUGGUUGUUGCGCGCAAGCCAGCAGGGCAACAACAAUUCAUUCGCACCCUGAAGCGGCCGGGCGCAGCCAAGCAGCGCAAGCGCACGCCCUUCUCUCUUGUUCGGAAGCGCAGCUAA